GCCUAGAGUUCGAAAAACUCAAUUUAGUAAUUCACUUUUUUAAUUAAUUAAACUUUUUUAAUGAAAAAUAAAUACUAGCGCUUGGGUGUAUUCGGAAAUUCGUUUUUUUUUUUACAUGUAAAUCCAGGGUCGCUGCAUGGCAAACUUCAGCACCAUCUGUUGACCAUAAGCACAUGUCAGUGUCAAUAAAAAAUAUUUAAAAGAGUGCCUAAAAAAAAAACAUAAAUUUCUCGUUAAAUAAUGCAUAAUAUAAUAAAUCAGCGCCUUCUAAUCAGUUAAAUAUAAUCAAAAAACUGGGAAUGACCUCGAACGUAACGAUAUUAAGUUACAACGAAAGCCUGUUGCGAAAAUCCGACGUCGAUUUAUUAAAGGGCCCCCACUGGCUGAACGACACCAUAAUCUCCUUCUACUUUGAAUAUUUAGAGACGGAGUUUUUUAAAGGGAACAACGACCUGCUUUUCGUGUCCCCCGAGGUCACCCAGUGCAUAAAAAUAUCCCCGCAAAGGGAGCUCGAUGUGUUCCUGCACCCACUGCUCGAAGAGAAACAUCCCAAGUUCAUUUUCUUCGCUUUAAAUGACAAUGAACAGACUGAAUAUUCGGGGGGCAGUCACUGGAGUCUCUUAGCGUUUUCCAGACCAGAAAAAACAAUGUUCCACUAUGACUCCUCUAGAGGUAGCAAUGAAUCGCAAGCCCUAGAGUUAGCUGAAAAAGUCCUUAAAUACUUUGGUUUGUCUAUAGAAGGAAGGUUUGAAGAAGUGUCCUCUCUUCAGCAAAAUAAUGGUUAUGACUGUGGUAUUCAUGUGCUGUGUAAUACAGAGCAACUGGCGAGCUAUGCCAGCCAUUAUGGUAAAUUACGAGCUUGCCCUAAAGUGAGUGCCGAUCAGGUGCAAAGUAAACGAUGGGAAAUAUUGGAUAUUAUCGAGAAGUUGAAGAGGAACCAGAGGUGACCUAUGAUUUAAAUGGAAUUAUAAUGUUGUAUAGAAGGAUAUACCAAGAGGUCAUAUUUAAGAUUUUAAUAUAUGAUUUAUGUUUAAAAAAAAGGAAAA